ACCCCCUCAGGGACCUCCGGGGUCCGUGGACCCGCUGUGGUCGUGCUCGUCCCUCCGUGCCAGACAUUCCUGUACAGCAGCCGGAGCAGCGGGACUCCUCCCCCUCGCUCACGGACCCGGAGCACGUAGCAACAACGGAGCCAAUGUGCUGCUCCGCGAUCCGUCCUUCCGACUGCGGUGCCUGGCAACAGAAAAAAGACGUGAUGACGUCCUCUCCAGAUUGCGUAUUAUGGGAUGUGCGCAAUUAAACAACCCGAAGAGGACACGGGGAAGCCUAAAAUAUUAAAAAAGACCGACAUAAACGAGGCGUAUGGUGAAUCAUGGAGCUCUCGGCUGUCGGUGAGAGCGUCUUCGCCGCAGAGUCCAUCAUUAAACGGAGAAUCAGACGGGGUUGCUGGGAGUAUCUGGUGAAAUGGAAGGGCUGGUCCCAGAAGUUCAGCACUUGGGAGCCGGAGGAAAACAUUCUGGAUGCGCGUCUCUUCGCUGCCUUCGAGGAGAGGGAGCGCGAGAAGGAGCUGUUUGGGCCGAAGAAGAGGGGUCCCAAACCCGAGACCUUCCUCUUGAAGGCCAAGGCCAAAGAAAAGAUGUAUGAAUUCAAACGAGAGGCUCCAAGAGGGAUCCAGGUUUCCUAUCCCACCCCGGAGCCGGUCGUAACUCCGAGGGCCCGGGAGGGUUUACGGACCGUGGUUCCCACAAUCUUUCCACCGAGCUCGGUCAACAGAGGGGAAAGUGUCCACAUCCGCCCCCCAGAGCUGGAGCGGAGGCCCAGGCCGACUCCACCAGCUCCUCUGACAGUCCAAGAAACCGUUCGGUUCCCCAAGAAGAGAGGCCGCAAACCGAAGCUGCAUGUCCGUUAUGAUGACGACGAUGGAGGCAGCUCAGUAGAGCCGGACACCAAGCGGACCAGGCCACCGGAGGAGCCCAACAUGUCGCGACGCUUGCUCCAUCCCGGAGAGACGUCCGAUCACAGCCUCAUCCAGCUGACCCGGAGGUUUCAGGAGGAGACCACGAUCACACCCAAACACAGCAGCCUCUCUUACGGCUGCGCAUUCAGUCCAGAUGUGCGCGGAAGUGAUCCGGGGGCGCGCAGGACUAAAUGCGAGUCCAGGUUGUCUCUUGGUCGGCCCGGCAGCUCCGCGGAGCACCGGAGGCACGAGGCGGAGGAGUGCCGUCUGCCCCGGGGACAACCUGCUGCCCUCUCCACGCAGUCCGAGUCCACCCACGACCAGUCCACGCGACCGGCCUCGACCUGGUCCCCCAGUUUCACCAGUCUGGACUCUGUGACCGUGACAGACGUCACCAUGAACCUUUUGACAGUCACCGUCAGAGAAAGCAGCACCGAGAAAGGCUUCUUCCGGGGGAAAAGAUGAGCAGGCCCGGGCUGCGGAUGUAGGUUAGAAGCUCGUAUAUGCGUCCGUAAUUGUUUAACAAGCUACUAACUAACGCGCUUACUGUAAUACUAUAUUUUUGUCUAUGUAACUGUCAAACGUGUAAAUACAAAUAUUUAAUACGCUGCUGAGAAAAUAAAAUAAAAAAGUGAUUGUGAGU